AUGAAGCCUAUUCUUCCUCGACUGAUCUAUCCUGAGCAGAAGGCAUUUGUUGGUGGUCGGAACAUUUCUGAUAAUGUUUUCAUUGUUCAGAAGUUUAUGCAUGAUCUUCAUCGCACCACUGUCAGCCGUAGUUUCAUAGCGAUCCAGCUGGAUAUGGAGUGGACAUAUGAUCGUAUAAGUUGGUGGUUUCUGGAGCGGGCCCUAGAAGAAUUUGGAUUUCACCCCCACUGUAUCGGCCGGAUCAUGACGUGCAUCUAUAGUCUUAGCUUUGCAAUCCUGAUCAAUGGGACACCCUUAGAGUUUUUCUCUUCCACAGUUGGAUUGCAACAAAGUUGUCUCUUAUCCCCAUAUCUCUUCAUUCUAUGUACUAAUGCUCUCUUGCGAGCCCUUCGUGCUGUAUUACGAGGUCCAAAUUUGGAUUCUUAUUUGUCGGCCCCUACAGCCCAGUCGAUCUCGCAUUUACUUUUUGCAGAUGACUGCCUGCUAUUGGGCUGGGUCUCUGUUCAGAAUAUUAUCGACUUCAGGAUAGUUUUGGAGGAGUAUUGCUUAGCAUUGGGCCGGAGACAGCGGCAUAUGAUUAGGGACACCCUCAGUAUUGCAGAGUACAAUGGGCCACUGCGUUACUUAGAGGUCCCUAUGUUAGGGCAUAGACUCCAGAGAUCUAAUUGUGUAAAGGUGGAGCAGUCGAUUCGGGGGCGUCUUGAGGGAUGGCAAGCUAGAGCGCUUUUUAUGAUGGACAGAGACACUCUUGUGAGGUCAAUUCUCAGCUCUAUAUUUGUUUCUAUCCUAUUGAACACUGUCCUGCCAAAGAUUUUAGUGGGGAAGCUCGAGCAGUACUUUCAGAAAUUCAUAUGGGGAUUGAGCCCUGGAGAUGGGGGUGUGCACCUAAUAGCUUGGGAUGCUGUGUGCCAGUCGCUGAUGGAUGGUGAUUUGGAGAUUCAGUCCCUGAUUGCUAGACGAGAGGCUCUGAUUGCCAGGCAUGCUGCUCAUUUCCUUCUUGACCUCGGCUACUGGUGGAGCAGGAUAAUGAGUGUGAGGUACAGAUCUUGA